GCCGUCUUUAGUCCAGUUUAAACUCCAGCUGGACUGUGAUGAGGAGAAGAGGUGACCCUUCUCCUUUCCCAGCUCUAACUCUUUUUCUUGGUCUCUCCAUUUUUCUUCAGGAAUAAAUCAUGCUAAAGAGGGUUUAAGAGGUUUUUUUUUUUUUUUUUUUUUUUUUUUUUUGAAAGACUUAGGGGAUUUAGGACACAUCUUGAAGAAACAACUCCAUGUGCACAGAGACUCAUAUAUUUUUUUUUGCUUGUUUGCAGAACUGACACUACAAAAGAUUUAUUAUUUUUUUUAAAAGUGAUUUUAUUUUGGUUCUUUGGAUCAUCCAGGUGAACAUGGCGUACCAUGCACCGUUUUUUCCUCUGCUGGGGUGUGGGAGGCCGCUGAUGGAGCAGAUCACUGGGAGCAGCAUCAUCAUCUCCAGCCCUUCAUCUUCAUCAUCAUCUAUUCAUCAUCACCUCCAGCAUUUGGAGAAAGAGGAAGAGGAGGAGGAGGAGGAGGAAGAGCCGAUGGUGCGCCUGGAGGGCCUGGAGCUGUGGAGGCAGUUCCACCGGAUCGGCACUGAGAUGGUCAUCACAAAGUCAGGGAGGCGGAUGUUUCCGCCAUUGCGUGUGCGCUGCAGCGGUUUGGACCGGAGAGCGAGCUAUGUGCUGCUGAUGGACAUCGUGUCGUCGGACGGCUGCAGGUACAAGUUUCAUCACUCGCGCUGGACGGUGGCAGGAAAAGCCGACCCGGAGCUGCCCAAGCGCAUGUACGUUCACCCGGAGAGCCCGGCCUCCGGAGAGCACUGGAUGUCCCGAGUGGUGACGUUUCACAAGCUGAAACUGACCAACAACAUCUCGGAUAAACACGGAUUUACCAUUUUGAACUCCAUGCAUAAAUACCAGCCGCGGCUGCACGUGGCGAGAGCUGAUGAUCUCCUCAAACUUCCCUACAGUGCGUUUAGGACCUUCCUGUUUCCUGAGACCGAGUUCAUCGCCGUCACUGCUUACCAGAACGACAAGAUAACGCAGCUGAAAAUCGAUAAUAAUCCGUUCGCGAAGGGAUUCCGGGACACGGGAAACGGGAGGAGGGAGAAAAGAAAACCUGUAAUGCUGCAGUUCAAGGCCAGAGAUGUGGAGCAGAAUAAAGAGGGCGGAUCCUCAGAUAAUUUGUCCUCCGAUCGUCCCGGCCAUUUCCUCCAAGUUCCAACUGUUGCAACGUCCACAUUGAAAGAUCUCUGCGAGAGUGACAGUGAGAGUGACGCAGAAUUGGAGAGCUCGAACCAUCCGUGCAAACUGGACUCCAGAGAAACCUCCACCACCAGGCACCAGCUGAAAGACACUCGGCCAAUCAGAGGCAGCACGACAGAUAGACGUAGCAUUGAGAAGCAUGUGUUAGACCUGAACGCCGUCCCUCUGCAUGCUGAACACCUCACACGGACUCUGGGCGAGUGUUUCCUUCAUCGCUGCUGCUUUGCAGGACACCAGCUCCUCGCCGGCGCGAGAAGAACGUCGCGCUUUCUGCCAAACCAGAACUGUGUGAACUUCUGGACGGCUGGCGCACCAGCUGCUGGAGAAAGCAUCAGGGGCUGCAGCUAUGGCGCCACGGAGACUUCACACCGGGGCAUUCUGGGAAAUUUCCCACUGGGCCUUCAGCAACCUGAAACGACCUCGCAGGCUCUGAUCAUCUCUCACUGUUACCCGUAUAACUGUAUGCUGGCGGCUCCGUGGACUCAGCGAGUGCCCGCUCCUGCUGUGAGCCACCGGCCUCGCUGUACACCGUACCCGCUCCCACACGCCUCACACACACACCCGCUGCAGCCCAAACGCCACGCUACAGCCCGACUCGAGCCCGAGAGCAAAGUCAGCAGGGGUCAGAGGUCACCGACGCCACCUUCCAGCUAAACGACGUUACGCUGAUUUAAAGUGAACUGAACAGCAAUAAAAUAUCAUACCUGUGACUGAAGUGUGGAACUCGAAUCCCUGGGGAAACGCUCUUGAUCCUAAAUCACUCACCUGUAAAGGUUGGUGGGGGGGUGGGGGGGAUGGUGUAACAAGGUAAGACAAGCCACAUCUUGUUAACUGAAUAUUUAUUAAACUUUAAAUGCACAGGACAGUACAGUCUGAGCUGUUUGAAAUAAAAGGAUUUAGCUACAGCGCCGUUUUGCUUUUUUGCACUUUACAGAAUCAUUCUGGACCAAAACCGAAAAAAAAAAAAACACGCUGUGAGGACAUAAAUGUCACAUGACACAGACACAACUGGUUGAAAUGGAACUUGAUUCAGAGUUGAUUCGGAGUCAGAUUCAAAAAUUCAGUUUUGUAUAUCAUAGUAUUAAAAAAAAACAGUAUUAUGUUGGUAAAGUGUGAAGAUGUUUCAGCUUUUGUGGAAAUGAUCUUCGCAAGUGUGUUUUGAUUGUCCUGACUUAUUAGUGGUAUUACAUACUAUAAAGUUUAAGAAAAAUAUUAUAUAUCUAUGUUUGAUAGACAGCAGCACAAAGCUGUCUGAAAUUCUAAACUCUGUCUAAUAGAAAAUAUUCCGUGGGCAGUUUUGUGCACUGUGUACUUAUUUUAAAGUACGUUAUGGGGAUAUAUUAUUUAUAUAGAGAGAGAAGUUUAUAAGUUGUGUUCUUUUUCAUCAUAAAAUCUUCAAAUGAGCCCAAAUGACUAAAAUAAUAAAGAAUUUUAUUUUGAGCGGCUUGCCUUCCCCUGUUCUCCUCCACACUCUGACUGUGACUAAUCUCUAAUAAAUUCAAACUGAAUAAAUGUCAGUGUAAAUUAUGAAGAUUAGGCUAUUUAUUAUUUACCAUUUGGCAGAUAUGUGUGCAUGAGAUAUGGAAGUGGAUUUGUUGCCAAAUAAAGCGUAUGGCGUUGUAUAUA